GUCGACUCGGUGAACAAGUCGCAGUUAAUGUGGAUUUCAGUUCGAGACGUAUUUCAUGUUUACUGAUCUAAUCUCUGUAAUAUGCUCUGAAAUAAUGCUGCGAUGUUUCAUACGUCUUUACUGCUGUUGAUGUUCUGUGUUCUGCGUGUGUUCGGAGAUGAACACUCUCUGUGUUACCUCUACACUGUCCAGUCUAAAAGCUCUUCAGACAGAGUCUCUGAGUUCAGUGCAGUGACUCUGCUGGAUGACAGACAGAUUGACUCCUACAGCAGUACAGACGGGGUCAGGACUCCUAAACAGGACUGGAUGAAGGAGAUGAAGGAGAGUGAGUGGACAGCAGGCACUGAUAAACUGAAGUACGAUGGACAACAGUUAAACAAGAUCCUCGACAUACAGAUGAAGGCCUUCAGACACAAUGAGUCAGAUGGUCACACUCUGCAGUGGAGAGUCGGCUGUGAGGUUGAAAAGCACUCUGGUGGUUCGCUGUCAGUGUUAAACUGUAUUAAUGAAUACGGCUACGAUGGACAGAACUUAAUCUCUUAUAACUGGACCUCGAGGAGAUGGUCAGCCUCAGUCAGCCAGGCUAAAGCGUUGGAGGAGGAGUGGAACGCUGUACGUGUUGAUCAGAGAUGUGAAGACUGUGUGCACUGGAUGAAGACGUAUUUAAAGUACAACACUACUGACACCAAACUGACUCCACCAACUGUUUAUGUGUUUGUGAAGAAAUCUGUAACUGACCCAAAGAAGCUGAACCUGACCUGCCUGGCCACGGGCUUCUACCCCAAAGACGUGGAGAUUAAACUGAGGAAGUUCACUACUUCACUGCCUGAACAUCUACUAACAUCUUCAGGAGUCAGACCCAAUGAUGAUGGAACCUACCAGCUGAGGAAGAGUGUGGAGAUCCAGGAGGAUGAAGCAGCAGAUUAUGACUGUUUUGUGACUCACAGGUCAAUCAAAGAACCAGUAAUUAAACAGUGGGGUAAUUAUAUUUCUGAUUCUUGGCAUUCUUACAUCAUGAACGUGUUAGGCUUGGACAAAGUCUGUGUAGAAUGGGGACAGAAAGAGACCCUGAGGGUAGCGUUCUCUCAGCCAGGUCAACCAGCUUAA